AUGGAGAAACUUCUCCAAAUCACGUCGACCUUCGGUGAGGAAAGAGGCCUCAUAUUCAAUCCCGCCAAAUCUGCGGUUCUAGAAUUCAAUCGGGUAGACGACACAACCGAUAAGAACUUAUUCAUUCAGGGUAAGAUAAUCCCGAAGGAAAGAACUUACAAAUACUUGGGCAUACAUCUAAGCACGGACGCAAACUAUCUCGAGGACCAGGAAAAAAUCUGGAAGGAGAAAACGCGCAAGGCGCUAUAUCAACUACAUGCUAAAGUGCUGUGGAAAUUCAAUCGCUUUGAAACGACGAAAAUACAGUGGAAAGCCACAUGCGUUCCAGCGCUAACGUACUGUAACACGGUAACCGUCAUGUCGAAUACUCUACGGAAAAACAUAGAAUCAGCCCAGAGACAAGCAGCAAGGUGGGCGCUAGGGGAACCAGCGUGCAACUUAGCCAAUGAAUUCUUGAAAGGAGAGCUAGGCUGGUCAACUUUCGAAGAGAGGGAAGCCAAGAGCAAAAUCACAUACUUCAAGCGCAUACAAGAGAUGGCCGACGAAAGAUGGGCGAAACAAAUGCUAACCAUGAUGAGCAUCAACAAUGCCAAAAUCAAAGCCGUAGAGAGGCUGAAAACGCUGUCAUUGAAAUAUGACUGCGAUAACAUAGUGGUUAAACGAUCGGAAGCAGGCGAAGCCUGCCUGAACACAUUCAAAAAGAGUGUGGAAAAAAAGAUACCGAGAUUUAGUCCAUCAAGAAUGGAGAGACGGCAUGAACAAAAAGUCCAGCCUCGCAAGGUAUCGAAAACACAAACAACAAUGCGGUACCAUUGA